UGCACUUCCAGCCAGACAAUGAUGUUCCGCUCCGUGAUGCCAGUGCUCCUGCUCCUGAUUCCGCUCCUGCGAUCCGUAGAGUCCGCCCACACGAUGCGGGCUUGUGGCCAGCCAUUGAUGGAAUUGCUGAGUAUGGCCUGUCGCAAUGGAUACAAUUCACUAUUCUCCAAGCGUGGCUCCUUGGGGCUGUUCGAUUAUGAGGACCAUUUGACCGAUCUGGAUAGCUCCGAAGCUCACCACAUGAACUCACUGUCGGGCAUUCGGCGCGAUUGGCGAGGCAUUGUGGACGACUGCUGCCACAAACCGUGCACCUGGGACACGUUGAGGUCAUACUGCAGAUUAUAA